AUGGCACCCGUCCGCCGCAUCGCCCAAAUCGUGCACCUCAAACCCUCCGCUCUCGAAGCCUACAAAGAAUGUCACGCAAACGUUUGGCCUGAAGUCCUCCAGCAGAUCAAGGACUGUAACAUUAAAGAUUAUUCGAUUUUCUUUGAUAAUGAUCGUACGCUUUUCGCGACGUUCAAGUAUGUCGGAGAUGACUUUGAUGGGGAUAUGAAGCGGAUGAGUGAGAAUCCUAAGAUAAAGGAGUGGUGGGCUAUGACGGAUGAGAUGCAGGAGAGUCCCAUUCCGGGUGCUAUUGGCAGUGCAGAAGGGCCUGGGUGGUGGAAGGUGUUGGAUGAAGUGUUUUAUACCGAGUGA